GCGGUGGAGCUAAUCUGCCGGCCGUGUUUGUCGUCGGAUGACCUCAAGUGCCCAACAGUCGCCUCAUUUCCACGAUUCACCAGUCAUGCAACCAGACUUCCGACUCUGUUUUGAUCUUGAUAGCUUGCCUUAAUACUUGAAUCAACCAGGGGGGUCAGCCCAUACCGAUAGAUAUCUGAAAUUCAACCGCCUGGCUGUUCCACAAGCUCCAAUCUUCCCCUCAUACAAGUGCUGUCCAAGCUUUGGCCUGACAUCGCGGUCAAACUCCAAGAGGCUCGCCUUCCUGCUCCAUUUCCUACUUCAAUCACCAAGAUCUGCAACAAUGUGUAUUGCGCUAUUAUCAACCGCUCAUCCAUCCUAUUCAUUGAUCAUAAUUGACAAUAGGGAUGAAUACCUUCGACGACCAACAUCCCCUGCUGACUGGUGGCCAGAGCCAACAAGCGACAUCCUAGGCGGCCGAGAUCUAGCCCGAGCAACACAUGGGACGUGGAUGGGAAUAACUAGAGACGGGAAAGUAGCUGUGUUGACCAACUAUCGCGAGGACACAUCCGAACAGGCUACGGGAGCACGAAGUCGGGGUGUCAUUGUCAACAGCUGGCUGACCUCGGCUCCGGACCAGAGACAGUCGACCGAGGAGUUUGUGCAGGGAAUGGUUGCAAGUCCAUCUGCCAGGAAUGUCGGUGGAUUCAGUCUUCUGUGCGGAUACGUCAAUGAGCCCCUGGCUAUAGUUUCCAAUCGUUCCUCCACCAUGGAUCACAUUGCCUGGGUCGCCACCGAGAAAGGUCAGACACUAGGGCUCAGUAACACGGUUUUCGACGAUCGGUCUUGGCCCAAGAUCCUCCAGGGGGAAAGACUGAUGAAGGAAGCCAUUAACGAGCACGCACAGGCGGGGGAAGAGGAGGAUGCACUCAUCAAUAGAUUGCUCGAUGUGUUGAGUAUCAACACGCUACCCUCGCUUUCUGAAGAUGCUACCGCGGAGGACUAUCUUCCAUACUUCAGACAAAGCAUCUUCAUCCCAUUACUGGGAGCUCGCGAAAAGCCUAUCAAGCCCACCGACGAGAUGCCUGCUGGCUGUGUCGAGAGCAAGGCGGCAGGGGAUGGUUCUUCCAAGGAGCACGAUGCUUUGGACCACUCCUUCCUACAGGGGGCAUAUGGGACCCAGCAACAAACAGUAGUCCUGGUAAGUACGGACGGACGGGUGCGCUACUUUGAGCGUACGCUUUAUGACAAUGAUGCCACUGCCAUCCCGAUCGGUCAAGGCGAUCGAUCAUUCGAGUUCCAAGUCGGUCAACGCUGAGAAGGAGGACUCAAGCCUAUGGUGGUUGUGAUGCACUUGCCCGUACCUGGAUCUUUGCUCCGGCGCCCAAUAACCGUGGCUUUGUAAAUAGUGUGAUGGCUUUAAUAUCGAGAAUGCCAAAAUAGCAACUGAAUGGAAAUUACUGAACAGGCG